AAUCUAUUUCCUCCUUCCUCAAUGUAGCUCUGAUUCAGCUAAUCACCAGGCACGGUGACUCCACGCACCAAUGAGAUUCGGCUCAAACGUGGGCGGGGCGACGGCAAUGAGGAAGAGUUUUCUGCCAGCCAAUUAAGGAGAGCCUUACAGAAGCCCAAUAGGAGGGGCAGUCUUAUUGUUGUUUCGCUGUCCCUCAGUCAAGAGGAGGUGGCUGCUCUGGCGGUGCCUUUGCUACAGUCUGUUCGUGUUCCUGUUGACUGGGUGCCCGGUGGUCUCGCUCGCUGAACGGCCGGGCUUUCGAGGCCUUAAGCGGGCGGGGUGAUGCAGCCCCCGGGUUCCCAGCAGCCGCCACGGCCCCCGCCACCUCCGCCCCCGCCGCUCUACGCGCCCAGCAACGGGGACUUUACUUUCGUCUCUUCGGCCGAUGCCGAAGAUCUGAGUGGCUCAAUAGCUCCUCCAGAUGUGAAGCUCAAUCUUGGUGGAGGAAGUGGGGAAUUUGUCAAAGAAUCUAUUGCAACUACAUUCCUGCGGCAGAGAGGAUAUGGCUGGCUAUUGGAAGUAGAAGAUGACGACCCUGAAGAUAAUAAGCCACUCUUGGAGGAGCUAGACAUUGAUCUGAAGGACAUAUACUACAAAAUCCGAUGUGUCUUGAUGCCAAUGCCUUCUCUUGGAUUUAACAGACAAGUAGUAAGAGAUAAUCCUGACUUCUGGGGCCCUCUGGCAGUUGUCCUUUUCUUCUCAAUGAUCUCAUUAUAUGGUCAAUUCAAGGUGGUAUCGUGGAUUAUAACUAUUUGGAUCUUUGGAUCUUUGACAAUUUUCCUAUUGGCCAGGGUUCUUGGAGGUGAGGUUGCAUAUGGCCAAGUUCUUGGAGUGAUUGGAUAUUCUUUACUUCCUCUUAUUGUAAUAGCACCUGUGCUUCUGGUGGUUGGAUCAUUUGAAGUUGUUUCUACUCUAAUCAAACUUUUUGGAGUAUUUUGGGCUGCAUACAGUGCUGCUUCAUUAUUAGUUGGAGAAGAAUUUAAGACCAAAAAGCCCCUCCUUAUCUAUCCAAUCUUCUUAUUGUACAUUUAUUUUUUGUCCUUGUAUACUGGAGUGUGACCUGCAGUGCUGGUUUUGGACAGGAACAAUACCUUAAUUUGCCAUGAAGACUGAUGAAACGUCUGAUUGAAAAGACAAGUGACUGUGUCAUAUCUUGCUGUCAAGGUUUUAGUGGUAAUCCAAAUAUAUAUGUGUAUAUUAUUUAAGCAGUUUUAGUUACAUUAGAGAUUUAUAACAGAGUUUUAGGUUUAAGACUUGUUAGAUUUUUAUUGAACAAAGGUAAGAACAUUGCAGAGCCUAAAGUUAGAUAGCCUAAAGUUGCAGAGUAACAGCUUAGUCCUUGUACUUUUGGCACAAGUAACAUAUGAUUAAUACAUUAAAUUGAAGUGGAAUUCCAGUUACUGUUAAUAGUUCAGUUCUUGCUUUCAACAUGACACAUUCUGUAGAUAUAUUUAUGAACCCACUCCUGAUUAUUCAGACUAGCCUGUAAUCAAGACAUGACCCUUAAUGUAGUGCCUUGCACACUCUUGAUUUGGCCAUUAUAAAUUCUGAUUCUAAAAUGUCCAUCCAUAUGUAGGCUUAGGGUAUUUCAUUGUUAAGCAGGUAGCUUGCGUAACAGUUUGAAGAUCCAAGUGUUUGAAUUAGGCCUUGUUUUUUAAUUAAAAAUGUAUGUAUGCCAUAAAAUGUUUUUUACAGUGUUGAUUUUAAAAUCUCUGGAUUUUCAGCUUUGCAGCAGUGAUGAUAAGUUGGGAAAGACAUUUAAAUAAAUCUGAACAAUAUCUUGUAAUGGAAUAAACAGUGCUUCUCCAAAA